UGCGACAAGUUGACUUUUUUGUUUGACUUGUAGUCUUCUGGAGAAGCUGUCUGAUACAUGGUUGUGAUGACUGUGUGCAUAAUCUAAAACCGAUCAUCCGAUGACAUUACAGGAGAUUACAGAGGAUCUUUGUGUUGUCUGUGGAUAGAGCUUGGCAGUAGGUAGGCAUGCUAAUUUGGAUCAUGUCUUAAUGACUUCAACUUCAAACUUGUAGAUAGAAUGAAUGUGUAUUGAUGUAUAUCUAAGUGAAUACAUAUAUAUAUAUAUAUAUAUAUAUAUAUAUAUAUAUAUAUAUAUAUAUAUUCCCUAAAUAAGAGUUUGUAUUAAAAGUGAAUGUAUAAUUCAACAUCCAUUUGUUAAUAUGAUGACACAAGUUUUGACUUUGCACACCUCAAGUGGGUCCCUGACCAACCUCCGCCGUUGGAUUGCCACGUGGAAGCACGGGAACGCAUCUAGUGUUUGGUUAUGGAAUGGGCCCGUCUAAAUAGCGUUUUUGUUUCCAUUAUUAUUACUUAUCGUUAUUCCUUCCCGUCUUCUCAGUUUACCGCCUUCAUCUCCAGUUUGAAACCAUAACAUAACCGAAGCCCAUUUGGAAACUUCCCUCUUUCUCGCUCUCCUCCUCUGCUCCUUCGCAAACGAUGUCGUCUCCUGGCUGAAACCCUAGCUCUGCUUCGCUUGUUGGAGUUCUUGGCGGACGAGGCUUUGUUCGUCUCCCUCAGGGUGACUGAUUCCGUUCGGUGGUUCUUCGCAAUUUCGUUUUGUUGUUUUCUUUAAUUGCGAUCCUCUCUGAUGUUUGAUUCGAUCGGGCGGUGCGUUCUUGAACCCCUUUGCUUCAGUUCUCGAAGCAGCUUUCGCCCGAGGAAGCGAAUUCUCGUGGAAGAGAUCGCCUCUUGGGGUUCUUGGAGGCGGCUUUGCCGAACCGCCACCACUUUAUGAAAAGCCUUCUUUUGCUUCUGUGGGUAUUGAUGCAUCUUUAUCUGUUGUUCUCCUUGAUUUCGACCCAGUCGGAAGAUUCACUUUCGUUGCUCCGUGUGUUCUUGAAUCGUUUUGCUUCAUUUCUUGAUGGACCAUCGGGGUUGAAUUCGGGUUCUUUAGUGAACGAUCGACCAACGCUUUGAUCGGUGUAGCAAAAUUAAAAUUUGUUCUCUUCCUUCCAGUUUUUUUCUUGAAUUUUUAUUGUUUUGUCUUCGGUUUCGAUGGUUUACGAUGGGUUUCUUGCAGGUCGGCGACGAGGAGCUGCUCCGAAGAUGAACGACCUUAUGACCAAGUCUUUCAUGAGUUACGUGGAACUCAAGAAGCAGGCGCUGAAGGAUCUCGAGGCCGGGGCGGAUGACCCACCGAAAGUCGAGGCGGCGGCCGGCGGUCUCACCCGCAUGGAAGAAGAGAACCUUGCUCGCUUCUUCAGCGAGAUCGGCGGGAUCCAGUCCGAGAUGGACGACGUCUCCAGCCUCCUCGUCGAUCUCCGCUUCCUGAACGAGGAGUCCAAGUCCGCCCACAGCGCCAAACUCCUCCGCGGCCUGCGGGAUCGCAUGGACGCCGACGUGGUGGCCGUCCUCCGCAAGGCCAAGGCCAUCAAGGUCCGGCUGGAGUCCCUCGACCGCUCCAACGCCGCCAACCGUGGUGUGGCGGCGUGCUUCACCGAGGGCAGUCCCGUGGACCGGACACGGGUGUCGGUGACCAAUGGCUUGCGGACCAAGCUUAGGGAGACGAUGAAUGGGUUUCAGCUGUUGCGGGAGCGCAUAGUUUCCGAUCACAGAGAGGGCCUGAAGCGGAGGUACCUCAACGCCACGGGCGAGGCCGCGACCGAGGAGGCGAUCGACAAGAUGCUCUCAGGGGCCAGCCAAGUCGGGCUCCUGGACAACAAGGGCGAAGUGGACUUGGAGGUAUUGGAGAGGCAGAAGGCGGUGAGCGACAUACAGAGGAGCUUGAUGCAGCUGCAUCAGGUCUUCCUCGACAUGGCGGUCAUGAUGGAAGGGCAGGAGGAUCAACUGAACGACAUCGAGGAGAAUGUGGCCCGGGCGAAGGAUUACAUCAGUGGGGGAACCGACCGCCUCGUCUCUGCCAAUGCAAUGAGGAAGAGGAACAAGAAGUGCGCUUGCUUGGUUUGUGCUCUGCUGCUGGUUGUCAUCUCGGUUUGCUUGGUUCUUAUACUCACGGAUCCUUAAACACACGCCCAUGAAUUCGAGGAUGCUGAUAGUAUAGAUUGGUCGGUACGUUUUGCUUUACCUUUUGCUUUUUGUGCUUGUCUUUUUCUCAUUCUUGCGGAAGACCUUUCGUUAUCCAAAUUGCAGAGGAACUGUAAUAACCUGAGUCACGUGAAUGCGAUGGCUGAUGCUUAUGACUGUGGAACAUGAUGAACUUACACGGAUAAUCUAUGAGUGAGAAAUCUCUCAAGGCAAAGAGAGCUUUGAAGAAUUAGGGACAAAGAUAUGGUAAUAGAAGACAUCGCAAAGCAGACAUUAGCCACAGAUAAAAGAGUACGAGGUAUGCUUUAUUCGGAAGUAUCGGUAUGGGAAAGACUCAGGACUUGUGGAUACAAUUAUAGUUAAUUUAUUAUGGAAGGACUCAGAACUUAAUUGCAGAGAAAUGUUUUCUCACAGGUCGUGUAAAUGGAUAAUGUAAUUAUGUGCAUGUUUUAUAUGGGAGAAGAA